AUGGCCUUACUGCUCAAUCCUCACUCUCUUGAACCGUUGUUGGCGAUAUCCGUACUAGUGGUGUUGGGGAAGUCUCAGUUGGGAGUCAAUGGAGUGGUCGCUUGGGGACUGUUUAUAAGCUAUGAUGUUGUUUUAAUAUGGGUUGGUGGUGGCGUAUUCGCUUUUGAAUUAUGAGCUGGUUCUGCCCAGUGUCUUUUGGUUGGCUUUCUUACUGAUGACGAAGAUGUGCCGUUAAUACUAGGAGAUACAGAAGAAGCUUGA